AAGCGACACCUGCUGCCGAAAGAGCUCUCAGCAUUGGCAGAAAACGUUGUCAUUAGAGGAGAAAAAAUGAGCAAGAAAAUUGUGCAAGCUCGGUCAUCUAUUCCUGCAGGUGAAGAGGCCACAGUUACAGUGGUAUCCUCUGUGGAAGACCCCAUCAUUAGCCUGCAAGAUCUUCUCUUAUACCUGAUGAAGAGUCGCACUGAUAUACACCUCCAAUUGUUGGAUACUUUUUUCAAUGGCAACAGCAGCAGGGCAGAUGAUUCCAUCCGACUGAAACUUUUCUUGCGCCAAAACUUUGGGGAUCACCUAGCAUCAUUCUACGGUCACCUGACGUACACCGCUUGGGCCAAGCUUGGUGUUGCUGAACUACCGAAGCUUGGGCUGCACCUCCAGUCUGGAGCUGACGUGGCUGAUGUCAACAAGAUCCUGAAUGACAACUUUGGUGCUGUUAGCGUUGAGCCUGUUCCAGGCGAAGAGUUAGCUAAGAAUGGAGCCUUGGCUCUGGUGACCGGAGAGCCGUUCAUAGCAGAUAUUGCUGAUAUUGCCAUCAACAAAAGCAUCAAUAAGAACGAUAUCGUGGAGUGCCUGGAGCCGAAGACCAACAGGCUGUACCGACUGCACUUGGUGAAACUGGAAGAUGGAGACUGGGAGCGAUGCAGCGGCGUGGUCACACGUUUGCUCCCAAGCACUCCUAAAGGCAAGCGGAACCACGAACUUUGGAUCCACGAUUGCAGUGGCUUAUCAGCAGGCGUCAUUGAACGAGUUUCGAUUUUUUAUGCAAGUACACGAGUAUUGGCACACUGAGAAUGAAUAAUCAUUCAAUCGGAAAAGCCCAACAACAACAGCUGGCUGCACAAUGCUCUC